GAAACGAAAGUCAAAAGCGACUUGCCAACUUCUCGAGCGGGCCAAGCCGCGUUUAUUUAUUUAUUUCAUACCUACUAAUUUUGUUGCGUCUUUGACCUAAAAAAAUAUCAAUCGGCACCACGUAACGCUUUCGUGUCCGUUAUUUUAAUGUAAUACAAUUUUCCUAAAAUGGCAGCAGUCGCGUUAAAAGUUAAAAGUAAAAACGGCCAGCAAAUCCUGAAGGACUUGACCUCUGAUAGUACUGUUGGUGAAUUGAAGGUGUUUUUGUCUAGUAUUGCCGAAAUAAGCGCGGAUAGAAUAUGUGUCUUGUGUGGUUACCCCCCGAAGCCACUGGAUACUAGUGACGAUUCUAAAAAGCUAAAUGAAAUAGGUUUGAAAACUGGUGAAACUUUGAUAGUGGAAGAAAAGUCUGUGCAGACACCUAGUAAAGCUACGCCUUUGAAGCCAGUGCAGAAUGGGGUAACUCAUGAGCCAGUAGGGCCGAGCAGACCCGGCAUUUUAAUGAAGAAGGUGGUGCCUUCAGAUAAUUCUUGCCUUUUCACUAGUAUAGGUUUUGUAUUAAAUGGCCAAGUGGACACAACUGUACACACGCUGAUGCGACAGAUCAUUGCGAUGGAGGUGGCGAGUGACCAUGAUACUUACAGUGAGGCAAUGCUGGGGAAGCCUAAUGCGGAGUACUGUACGUGGAUACAACAGCCGAGCUCUUGGGGUGGUGCUAUUGAGGUGGCCAUUCUUUCCCGCUUCUACGGCAUAGAGAUGGCCGUCGUGGACACCCUGAACGCGAUCAUCAACCGUUUCGGGGAGGAUAAAAACUACGGCAACCGGGUGUUCCUACUGUUUGACGGGGUGCACUACGACCCGCUGUAUUUAGAGCAGAAUGAUGGUGGCAUCCAAACCAUGUUCCCGUCCGAUGACCUGGAGACCUACCGCGAGGCCGAGCAGAUAGCGCACGAGGCCAAAUCCUCCCGCCAGUUCACCGACCUCAACAAGUUCACGCUCAAAUGCAUGAUCUGCGACAAGCUGCUGACGGGACAGGCUGAGGCGCAGAAACAUGCCAAAGAGACGAAGCAUGCCAACUUUGGGGAGGUCUAGCGGACGGUAGGUCUGUGGUUCCCGACGACAAGGAAUAAGUUCGAAU